AUGUCGUCGUCGCAUCAACAUCAUCAUAAUAAUAAUCCAUCGCACUCAAACGUGCAUUUCGAAAGCUACUACCGGCAUCAACUCUUCUCGAACGACGAAAAAGCGUUCCAAUCGUUGCUUCGAACGUUAUCUAAACCGUUACCGUUAACGUUUCGAAUCACGAAAAAUGCGCACCACGAGUGCACCAUCAACGCGCUGAAAAGAAUCAUCGAAAGUGAACAACAACGGUUACACGUUCGAACGAUUUCGUUCUUAAACGACCCGCGGACGUUUCAAAUCGAUAACAUCGCAGUAAACAACGAUAACGGGGGUGGAAACGAAAAUGAUUUGAAAACAAAACAUCCAAAUGUGCAUCAGUUUUUAGUGCGCGCAAACGAAGGCGGCGAUUUGAGCCGGCAAGAACUCGUCUCGAUGAUUCCGGUGAAACUGUUAGACGUAAAACCGAGUCACUUAGUCCUGGACUCGUGCGCAUCUCCCGGUUCGAAAACGUCCCAAAUAUUAGAAGUUAUGCUGAGUAAGAACGCAUCCGGUGCGGUCGUCGCGAACGACGCUUCGUUACAGCGCGCGAAUUUACUCACGCAUCGAUGUUAUCGACUGGAAGCGGCGGCGAAGAAUUUAGUAGUCGUAAAUCACGACGCGCAAACGUUACCAUUAGAGUUGGAGAAUACGUUCGAUCGAAUCCUUUGCGACGUGCCUUGUUCGGGAGACGGGACGUUGCGUAAAAGUACGGAUUUAUGGAAGAAGUGGUCGAAUUCGAGCGGCGUAGAGUUACACUCGAUUCAAGUGAACGUCGCAACCAGGGCGUUGAGAUUGCUGAAAUACGACGACGGCGGGGGAAGGCUCGUCUAUAGCACGUGCUCUCUAAAUCCGUUGGAAAACGAAGCAGUCGUCGUGGAGUUGCUGCAGAGAAGCCGAGGCGCGAUCAAAUUAGUCGACUGCUCAAAAAUGCUGCCAGAUUUGAAACGAUUGCCUGGUUUGACGAAAUGGUCCGUCCAAGAUUUAAAAAACGGGAGAUGGUACGAUACGUACGAUUCGUAUCUUAAAGACAACAACAACAACAGAGCAGGCCAAAAAAGUAAAAUAAGAAAGAGCAUGUUCGCUAACACCAACAAUCACAAACACAAUCUGGACAGAUGUUUCCGCAUUCACCCGGAUUUGAAUGACACCGGCGGCUUCUUCGUCGCCGUCUUUGAAAAAAUGAAACCGUUACCGACGGAAAUGAUUGACAUCGACGCGAAAAAAGAACAAAAGUUAUCGAGGACGACGAACGCGAACACCAAAAAGUGGGCGAGUGCAAAGAUUGCGCCGGUAUUUUGCGUAAAAACAGACACAGAAUUCAAAGCAGUCAUUAAACGAAUAAAAGCAAAGUAUGGAUUUGAUGCGAGAAAGAAGGAAGAGAACGGAGGGGUGGAGAUAAUCACAAGAAACAAUACCGACGUUGUGCCGAAACGACUCUAUUGUCUCUCCAAAGGCGCGAAAUUGAUUCUCGAUAAGUGCAGCAGAAAUCAACAAGAACAACAAAAACUUCGAAUCCUCGCAUGUGGCUUGUGCUGCUUUGAGCGACAAGCGGUAAACAAAGGAUUAAAAAGUCAAUCCGACGAUACCGAUUGCGAGUUCCGCUUCACGCAAACGGGCUGUGAACUGUUCCAAGAUUCCAUCUCGAAGCAAGUCGUGCGCGUGUCGCCUAAAGAGUUGGAAAGCAUGUUAGCGAGACAACAACAAAAACUAUUGACAACAUCGAAGAACGCGCCGCUGUGUAUCGACGACAAAACGAAGAAAAAAGUCCUGAGCGAAUGCCAAAGAGGCUGCGUCAUUUUAGCGGUGCGAGCGAAGAGUUCAGGAUCUGGGAAUAAAAGGAAAUUAGUGGAGGAAGAAGUCGCGGCAGUUAGUCCGGUGACCAUCGCCUGUUGGUUUCCGCCGUCGAAAAAAAGUCGAUCAGAUGGUAUUAACGAUAUCGACGACGACGCGAAGUACGACUAG